UUUUUUCUUAAUCACUCUCUCUCUCUCUCUCUCUCUCUCUACCUCCCACUUUCCAUAUAUGAUAUCCAAAACAUUGUUUUUUUCUUUUAAGUAAAGCAAAUUAAAUUCCUGGGGAGAUGACUAGAAAGAGGAUACAGAUCAAGAAAAUCGACAACAUCAGUUCGAGGCAAGUGACUUUCUCAAAGAGAAGAAAAGGGCUUUUCAAGAAGGCUCAGGAGUUGUCAACCCUUUGUGAUGCAGACAUAGCUCUCAUAGUCUUUUCUGCAACUAGCAAGCUUUUUGAUUAUGCCAGUUCAAGUAUGCAGCAAGUAAUUGAAAGGCGCGAUCGUCAUUCAGCAAUGCAUAGAUUGGAUCGUCCCUCUAUGGAGCUUCAGAUUGAGAGUGACUCCAACGACAUCCUGCGCAAGAAAGUAGAAGAUAAGAAUCAUGAAUUGAGGCAUUUGAAUGGUGAGGAUCUGCAAGGAUUGACACUGCAAGAACUACAGAAAAUUGAGGAACAUCUUAAAAGAGGUUUGACCAAUGUUUCAAAAGUAAAGGAUGAAAAAGUUAUGCAAGAGAUCAACAACCUUAAAAGAAAGGGUGCGGAACUAAUGCAGGAAAACCAAAGAUUGAAACAGGUGCCAAGCCUUAUCCAUUUACACAGGCAAUCAUCGGAAUCCAUUAUUAGCAAUUCAUCUAAUCUUCCUGAAGAUGGUUGUAGUGACACAUCUCUCAAGUUGGGGUUACCUUAAAUAAUCAACAAAAUUGUAGAAUGUUAGAAGUGACAGGGUUCACUUCCUUUGUGUGUCUCACUGAAAACCAAUUGAAUGCAGUGUUUAUCUAAAGUAAAUUUAAGGGAUGCAUUGUACUUAACUCAUCUUCUGUAUACUCAUGAGUUAGUGGUCGAUGCUUCGAUCAUGUCUAUAGUUUAUAUCACCAUAAAAGUUAAUUUGAUUCUUACAUCUAUGUUUCUCUUUUUGGUGUUUUUUUUUUUUAUUGAAAGCUAAAUAAAGAUAGAAGAGGUUAUUCA